ACCAUGUGAGAAGCUCGUGAAUGCCUCACGGUAGCGGAUGUAGCAGCAGCAGCCCGUCAGGACGGAGGCAAUCAUGUAGCGCUUAACGCUGCUACAAUUUGUUCCGACUUGCUGAAUAACAGCGUUUUCUUCUUCAUUCGUGCGGGCUCACGGUACCAGAACAUGAGAACGUGUUUGUGAAGAAAACUGCGCGCUUGGUCAUGAGCUACAAGGCCGGCGAGGGAGUCUACGGUGACGCCGAAGCCGUUAGCGUCACUGCCUAAACCUCGCAGUGCUUGGAGGGGAUAUUAAAAUCUUCUAAUAUCAGAUUCUGACAAUUUUAUCCGAUUUAAUGGCUCCACUGUGGCUGAGCGUCUCUGGAAUGCCAGGGACGGGGGUGUAACGCCAAAGGAUACUGGGGGCCAGCUUGUAGUUUGCACUAGUAUCCGCGUUACCGCCCCGUUUUUAUUUUGCUGUAACGCAAACAGUGCGGCUAACACAGGGCAGAGUACCAAGCGUCGGUCGAAUACCGGCAGUAAAUCCCUGUGUGCACAAUGGGGAAUACUACGUCCUGUUGUGUGUCGUCGAGCCCCAAACACCGGAGGAGCAACCACUCCAGGCUGGAGCCCUACCGGCCGGAGCCGGAGCUGAGUCGUGAGGACACGGGCUGCAACCUGCAGCACAUCAGCGACAGAGAGAACAUAGACGAUUUGCCCAUGGAGUAUAAUCCUUCAGACCAUCCUCGGGCUAGCACCAUCUUUCUCAGCAAGUCACAAACUGAUGUCUUGGUGUCCAACAAGAGAGUGAGAGAAAAGAGGAAGAGCCUUUAUAUCAACCAUUUCACACACAUUUCGGAGAACAAGCAUCAGCCAGGCCCAGUCAGACGGAAGUACAGCUCAUGUUCCACCAUAUUUCUUGAUGACAGCACUGUCAGUCAGCCCAACCUCAAAUAUACCAUCAAAUGUGUAGCCCUGGCGAUAUACUACCAUAUAAAGAACAGAGACGUUGAUGGUCGCAUGUUGUUAGACAUUUUUGAUGAGAAGCUGCAUCCUCUCUCGAAGUCUGAAGUUCCUGCUGAUUAUGACAAAUACGACCCAGAGCAGAAGCAGAUCUACCGCUUCGUCAGGACGCUGUUCAGCGCUGCUCAGCUCACUGCUGAGUGUGCUAUUGUCACUUUGGUAUACCUGGAGAGGCUCCUUACCUACGCUGAGAUUGACAUUUGUCCUGCCAACUGGAAGCGUGUCGUGUUGGGAGCUAUCCUGCUGGCCUCCAAGGUCUGGGACGACCAGGCGGUUUGGAACGUCGACUACUGCCAAAUUCUCAAAGACAUUACCGUCGAGGACAUGAACGAGCUGGAGCGGCAGUUCCUGGAGCUGCUGCAGUUUAACAUCAACGUGCCGUCCAGCGUGUAUGCCAAGUAUUACUUUGACCUGCGCUCGCUGGCUGAGGCCAACAACCUCAGUUUCCCCCUGGAGCCGCUCACCAGGGACCGGGCUCAGAAGCUAGAGGCCAUCUCACGCUUGUGUGAUGAUAAAUACAAGGACGUGAAGAAACUAGCCAAGAAGCGCUCAGCGAGUGCGGACAACCUGGCGGUGGUGCGGUGGUGUCCAGCUAUCGUUUCCUAAUACCCGUCACCUUCGGGGAGAGUCCACAGACCUGGAACGCCCUUUUCGCCCAAUUAUCAGGCCGACCCGCCGAGCAGCGCUUCUGUAGAUCGGUGGGUCUGCCUGGACACACACUUUGUCUCAGACAGGCACUUUUGCAAGUGUGUUUGCACUCGCUCUGGUUCUUGUACAUAAGAAACGUCCCGCUGGCUGCCUGAACCCAACCAAAUGAAGCUGAGCUAAACGAAGUCAGGGAGGAAAGGUCCCAAAGCAAAUCCCGCAGAAGGAAGUCAGCCAAAUGGAAACGGCGAUACUGAGACGCUCAGAAGUUGGAAAAGCUUGAAGAGCAAAACAUAAAAAACACAACCGCCAAGGUGUUUCAUCAUUUCCCUGAUUGUUGUGAACAUUCCUUUAUUCUUUACUCAACUAUGAUCUUUCAAGCAGCUUUCAGGCUCAUUACAGCUUUCUAAUAAUUCCUUGAAUGGUUUGUGACAUUUAGACAUUUAUUCUUUUACAUUCCAGUUAAAUACUAAACAAUCCGAAAAGUGGAGUUUUACUUGACUGCAUAUCAUCAGACCCUGAGAACUGAUCAUGGAGACGUGUUUGCUUCCACCUGGAAAAAUUGUAUUCAUCACUCAAAUGAAGCAAUAUCCAUUUGUUUAUUAUUUCUGCUGUAAAACACGUUUGAACUUGGAUGACUGACUUGAUGGGAGACGUACUGUAGAGCUCGAGUUUCACUGCCACCUCACCGACCUGUGGUGCCUGUAAUCAUCUCGUUUCAAAAGCUCCCCCCACUAAACACGAGGAGCAGAACAAAUGAUUAGUUUUUGUUUUAACAUUUUUGCACGGUUCUUCCAGCUAACAAACAAAAUGGCACAACGUAAAAACACCGUAUGGAGACCACUUCAGGGGUUGUCGGUGUUGGUCAGGAUCAGAGAGAAUGAUCCAAACCCUCUUUAGAGAGAGGGAUUGUAUAAAGCUGUCUUAUAUUGUCUUUGUACAGUGUACAUACAGAACCAGUGAGAUGAAACCAGGAUGAAUAUUUAUCAGUUUUUACCAGAGGGGUGGGAAAUGUUUUGCUUCUGAAUGGGAGAAACCACUUAAGUUCAUCAUCCUGUCAGUAGAAAUAAAACUAUAAUGAUCAUUUCACACAUAUUUACAUUUUUCUCACUGCCAAAUGCAUUCAUUUUAUUUUGAAAUGAUUCUUGUCCUGAAAUGGACAAAAAUGGAGUAAAAAUUACCACAAAAAUCAAAACUAUGAAAUGUUAAAUAAUGGGAAUCAUGUUUUUUUUUAAUCUUUGAGUUAUUGAAUUCUAAUUUACUAGUUUAUGCGUACAGGUGAUCUCUUUCCCUCAGGAUAAGUUUGCAUUAAAGAGCAUUAAUGCUUGCUUUAUAAUAAAAACUCACUAAAACCAUAAAUAAAGUCACAGCCAGCUUGUCAUUACGUCAGUUAUCCAAACCUGCUUUGGUUAUUAAAUAAAAACGUGGCUUUAACAGGGAAAUUACUUUAUCUCAUUUACAUACCCAAUCAUUUAGUUUACUGUGUUUUUAUUUCAAAAUAAAUACAGUAUCUGUCUUCUGAACAAGUCACUUCCAUCAGAGCAACACAGAGUAAACACGAUCUAACAGAGGUUCAACUACAAACUUCAGGAGAACGUUUUUAUUAUGGUUUCUACUUGACAGUGUGUGCCUCGUGACCACCUGGACCCUCUUCUUAACAGUGAUGUGUCGGCUGGUUAUAAGCAGAUGUGUUUUUCAUUCCUUUACUGAAAUAAAACGGAUCAGAAAAGCUUCCGUUUCAGCUGCGAUGCUGUUGUUUUGGUCUUGUUUGUGUGUUUUAGUGACAACCCCUUCAUCUGUCAAACUAAUAAGUGGGUUGUUCAGUUGGCUGACCCCUGACCUGAGGAGGGAUAGGGUUGUACCAAAGUCUCAGAGACGAUUGUACGAUUGUUUCAGCGAUCUCGGACUCGGCCCACGUGCACACGACUUUUAUGAAGAGGCGUCUGCUCCUAAAAAGAGGUGUAGCUAGUUUAGAUAGUUUUUUUUUUGGGGGGGGGACUUUAUAUGAGGGGGAAAAUAAAAGUGCAAAUGUGUCUUUAGGAAAUAGAAACCAGAGUUGCUCUUGUGAGUUCAAACUGCUCUCAAAGAUUGUAUAUCUUAUUUAUUGUGUGUGUGCGUUCAGAGCUGAGCGCUGGUGCCGUGUGGUCCGGCCCGUGGCGCCAUGGCAACGGUUGCUAGAUGUGUGUCACAGCCUUUGUGCACUGAACUCUACCUCUGUUUAGAGUGUUACUUUAGUUUUCUCCUUCCUCUCUAACUGUUCUUGUGUGUGACCAGUUCAGUGUUGAUCAUGAUGAUUUCACCUGCUGUGAAGACUUUUUUUACAUUUCCAACCUAUUGUAUUAUUGUCUUGUUUGUGUUUCUAUGUUUCCAUUCUCAGUUUGCCAAACUGUUUUGUUCUGUAUGUUCUCCCCGUUUGAGUUCUGCAUUCCCAUUAUACUUUCGAAGCAAUGUUUAGAAAUACACAAGAAAUAAAAUUUCAAAUCUUGCAAUAAA